AUGGAGAAGGAGAGUGUGAGCUUGGAAGGAGGGAAAGCGAUACUGGUACCUUACAUGAAAGAACAUGUCCCCAAAUACCAUGAAUGGAUGAAAGACCCUGCUCUGCUUCAGGCCACCGGCUCUGAGCCCCUCACUCUCGACCAGGAAUACCAUAUGCAGCUCACCUGGACCCAAGACCCCAACAAGCAGACUUUCAUUGUGUUAGAUAAGCAAUUGGUUGUAGGGAAGUUCAAACAUGGAGAGGCUCAUGAGGAAGCCAUGGUAGGUGAUGUGAAUUUAUAUAUGAAUGACCUUGAUGAUCCCCAAAUGGGAGAGGUUGAAAUAAUGAUAGCUGAACCCAAAAGUCGUGGUAAAGGACAUGGGAAGGAAUCUGUCUUGAUGAUGAUGGCAUUUGCAGUUGUAAAGUUGGGGAUUCACCUUUUCCGCGUCAAAAUUGGAGAAUCAAAUGGUGCAUCACUUGGCUUGUUCAAGAAAUUGGGAUUUGAGGAGACUUCUCGUAGUGAAAUAUUCAAAGAGGUAACAUUGGAGCUACAUGUAACAAAAGCCAAGCAUGAGGAGCUGCUGCAUUUGAUGGGUAGCUUGGUUACACAUACCUAACUCUACUUAUGUAUGCUUUUAUCCCAUAUCAUUAUCAAAUCAACUGCCACCCUAUUGCUUUGUAUGCCAAAAGGAUUUGACGUUGCUAGGCUGAACAGGGCUUCACAUAAACAUUAGAGCUAAAUCAACAUAUGAUCCCA